AUGAACAAAGCAAAGCAGGUAGUUGAAACAUGGGAUAGACAGUUCCAUUCUUCCCCUCUUGAGCAGCGACUGGCUUUUCUAUAUCUAGCGAAUGAUAUUCUGCAGAAUAGUCGGCGAAAGGGUUCAGAGUUUGUUGGUGAGUUUUGGAAGGUUCUUCCAAAUGCACUUCGUGAUGUAAUUAAUGGGGAUGAGUUUGGCAGAAAUGCAGCACUUCGGUUGAAUGGGUAUUGGGAUGUUUUUGUGGUUCUACGGCCUAACCGCAUAGGUUCCCUCCUAGAUGGAUUUGGAAGUCUACGCUAG